GCUUUGCCUGAACCACCUUGACCUCCUGUCUCAGUUGCUUGAAUCACAUCGAGAGUCCGCUCUCUAUGUCUCUCCUCUCGUCGGUCAUCUUGCCCUGCCCUUGUAGACAGUUUUCUCCCGUUGAUGGGAGAACCCGUCUCAACCCGAGUGUCGCGCAAGGAGUUCGGUUCGGAUCGGUCUAAUCAGGAUUCCAACUGCUGUUCGGGUCAUUUGAGAAGUCUCAUUCCCGCCUCUCUCCGGUCUUCAUAGCCUCGUGUCGUACAUCGAACGGGUCUCUCGUGCUCUUCAGGCUGCUCCUUACCAGGCUCGAAUCGAUUUUUUUUUUUGGUGUUACCUCGCCUUCUACUCUCCCGCCGCACGACCUUCAAGCCUUCUACUCUCCCGCAACACGACCUUCAAGCCUUCAAACCGGACCACCGCACAACCUUCAAGCCUCCAUUUUAAAACGCGGCGGCGACUAUUCCAAUAACAGUGUGGCUAAUAUGGAGGAUUCAUCUCAAGCACCCCAUUUGCAUCACCACCACCGGAAGCGGCGGCGAGGGUGGGAGAAAGGGCCUUACGUGCGUGUGCACUACGAGAACAUGUCCAAAGCGAGCUUGGAACAUCUCCAGAACCUUCUCUCCUCCUGGGCCUCCUGGGAGUCCGCACAGUCCCCAUCCGCUGAACGCGAGACUCAGGAGCAGCAGAGCAGGAAGCUGAGCGGAACAGACGUCUACUUCCCAGCCGCUGCACCUCCCUCUGCAACCCCCUCCGUGCUCACUCGCCUUGGGCCUUCGGGUUCCUUUCUCUCGCCUGGCGCCUCUGCUGCGCGCACAGCAGCAGGGGGCGUGGCACCGCUGCGUGUGUGGGCCUCUUUGCCCCCGCCCAAGCCUGUGGUUUCCCCCUCUCUUUCGUCAAAGCCACCACCGCCACCACCCGCUGCUGCGCCUGCUGCUUCUGCUGCUGCUGCUGCUUCUUCUGAUGGUGUUGGUGUUGCUGCUGGUGAUGUUCACACGGGUGUCUCCACUCCUGCUGCAGAUGCCACCAGCGAUGCUGCUUUGGACAGUGCAGCAGUGGGUGCUGCUUCUGCAAGUGCAGCGGUAUCAGAAAGUAUCGCUGCUGCAGAUGCAGCUGCUGCGGCUGCAAAUGGUGAUGAUCAAAGUGAAGCCCUUGCCACUGAUGUAGCAAAGGCAAGGCUCAGCAGCAGCACUGGCGGUGUGACGUUCAACAAGCACUAUAACGCGGCUAACGACGUUCCUCUCUAUGACAGAUCGGAAUCCGGGCUCGCCCUGGGCUUCAACUUCAGCAAUGGGCCAUCCGCGCACGAUUCCACUCAACCAGCAAUUGACUCUGACCCUCCCGCUAACACGGCACCAGCAGCAGAAGCAGCAGCAGCAGGAGGGGACCUCUCCACCCUCACUCCCCUCUUCUUCCACUCCAACUCCUCUUCUCUCACUGACGAAGCAGCCAGGUUAAAAUCCGCUGCCCGCUGCUUCAACUGCGGCUCCUACACCCACGCUCUAAGAGAUUGCCAGCGCCCCAGAGACCAUGCUGCAGUGGCAGCAGCACGGGCUGUGCAUGCUGAGGAGAAGGGACAGAGUGGGAAGGACGGGAGUGAUGCUCGGGGGGGAGCGGGAGGGGGCGUGGGGAAGACGAGGUAUUACGGGUUUGGAGGGGCGGGAGGGGGGAAGGGGAGAGGAGGAGGAGGGAUGGAGGAGAGGUUUGAGGGGCUGGUGCCUGGGGUGUUGAGUGCGGAGCUCCGUGCUGCAAUGGGCAUAGGGGACCUCGACCCUCCGCCGUGGCUCAGGAGAAUGCGAGACCUUGGCUAUCCUCCUGGCUACCUCGGCUACGAAGAGGACACGGCAGAGGAGCAAGUCGAGAAAGCAGCGGAGGAGAAGAGCGAGAAGGAGAAGGAGGAAGGAGAGGACAGUGACAGUGAGGCAGGAGAGAUUCCAGCAGAGACUAUUCCACCCAAGGGGAAAUCAGCUGCAGAUGCUGAUGGUUCUAACGAUGCUAAAGAUCCUAAUGAGUUCAAGUCCCUGGCACUCGUACUGGAGGAUGCUUCCGAGGAAGGUUCUGCUGAUGGCGAUGCUGAUGGUGAUGGGGAUGGGGAUGGGAAGGGGGAGCGUGAGAAGUCCCCUUCGCCUGAACCCUUUCUUGUUCCUACAGUGGAUUUUCCGGGACUCAAUGCCCCUCCUCCCGAUGGGAGUGAUGACUACGCGUGGGGUGGGAGGGGGUGGAAGGCUGAUUGGGAGGAUAGUGAGAAAAGGAGGAGGUGGCGGUAUGAGGAUGAGAGGAAGGAAGAGGAGUGGAGGAGGAGGAGGAGGAGGGAGAGGGAGGAGAGGGAGAGGAGUAAGGAGGGAGGAGGAGAUGAGGAUGAGAGGGAGAGGAAGCGGAGGAGGAGGGGUAGAGAUGAUUCUCCAGAUGAGAAGAGGGAGGGAGGUAAGGAGGAGGGAAGGGAGGCGAGGGAUAGUAGGGGGGAUAAGGACAGGGAAAGGGACAGGGACAGAGGAAGAGACAGGAGCAGGGAAAGGGGAAGGGACAGGAGCAGGGAGAGGGGCAGAGACAGGAGUAGGGAGAGGGGCAGAGACAGGAGUAGGGAGAAGGGGAGGGACAGAAGUAAAGAGAGGGGAAGAGAGAGUAGGGACAGGAUCAGAGACAGGAGCAGGGAGAGGUAUAGGGACAGGAGCAGGGAGAGGGGCAGAGACAGCAGCAGGGAGAGGGGCAGAGACAGAAGCAGGGAGAGGAACCGAGAUAGGAGCAGGGAGAGGAACAGGGGCAGUGACGACAAGAGGAGGGAGGAAUGGAGCCCAAUUAAGCAUGGGGAUGUGGGAGGUGCUUAUGAGGGAAGAGUGAGUAGCAGAGCUGGCGACGCUGAUUCUGACAGGUGGCCGUUGGAACCUGACAGGUGGCAUGUGGGCAGCAGCUCCCACGGGGCUUAUCUGGACCAAUCACGCUACAGCACGUCAUCACGGCGACGUGAUGAUUCUGCCGCUGGGCGAUCAGGAGGUGCGUGUGGUGCUGCUGCCAAUUCCGCUUCCGCUUUGCUCUCUGCUUUUGAGGCUGCUGCUCCAAGGGGAGGGAUUGCGGGAGGGGGUGUGGGAGGGGGUGUGAUAGGGUUAGCGGGUGAUGGUGGAAGAGGAAUUGUAGGUGCUAGUUCGUCUGUGCUGUCGUGGGCGGCUGGGAUUGAGAGUGAGUGUGGCGCUGAUGGUGAUACUGCUGUGCAGCUGGACACCUACCAAGGCUACGUUCAAGGGUCAGCAGCGAGAGGGCCAGCAGCAAGAGGGUCAGCAGCAGGAGGAGCCGCCACUGAAGCACCAGCGCCGCCAACCACCAGCGCUUUCGGAGCAACAGCAGGUUAUUAUAUGCAGACCUCCGGAGCUCCACUCUCACAAGCGGCGACUGAGUUUGUAUAUGGCCAUAGCCAGUCGCUACUGUCUCCUCCUGAUCCAUCACCUCCCAUGCAGCCGGCCGCGGUCUCCCCUCCUCUCCCUUACCUUCCACCAUCCCAAACUCUUUUCCCUCCUGGGAUAACCCACCAGCCUCCUCUUCCUCCUCUUCCUCCUGGCCCUCCCCCUCCACUGCCCUCAAACCCCUCAUAUCCCCCACUACCUCCCGGACCUCCCCCUCCGUUGUACCCCUAUCCUGCAACUUCUCCUCCACCUCUCCCAGCAGCACCACCACCUUUCACCCCUCCCCCUCCUGCUUAUCCCCCUCCUCCCUCGCCUGCAUCCGUGGUCCCCCUUGCGGGAGAGGCUGUGGCUCCUCCACAUUAUCAUCUGCCGCCACAUCAAUGGUGAUUGAACAUCUUCUGUACAAGUGACAUUCACAUGGGCGAUA